CGGCGCGCGUGCGGCUGAGGGGCGGGGACGUCGUGUGCCUCUCUGCUCCCGGCCGGGCCGGGCGGCUCCUCAGACAGCGGCGCGCGGCGGGCCCGGGCGAAGGUUCCGCGGGCGGCGCUAGGCCCGGUGAAGCGGCAUGAGCCGGCCCCCGCCGACGGGGAAAAUGCCCGGCGCCCCCGAGGCCGCGCCUGGGGACGGGGCGGGCGCGAGCCGCCAGAGGAAGCUGGAGGCGCUCAUCCGAGACCCUCGCUCGCCCAUCAACGUGGAGAGCUUGCUGGAUGGCCUAAAUUCCUUGGUCCUUGACUUGGAUUUUCCUGCUUUGAGGAAAAAUAAAAAUAUUGAUAAUUUCUUAAAUAGAUAUGAGAAAAUUGUGAAAAAAAUCAGAGGUUUACAGAUGAAAGCAGAAGACUAUGAUGUUGUAAAAGUUAUUGGAAGAGGUGCUUUUGGUGAAGUUCAGUUGGUUCGUCAUAAGGCAUCCCAGAAGGUUUAUGCAAUGAAGCUUCUUAGUAAGUUUGAAAUGAUAAAAAGAUCAGACUCUGCUUUUUUCUGGGAAGAAAGAGACAUCAUGGCCUUUGCGAACAGUCCCUGGGUGGUUCAGCUCUUUUGUGCCUUCCAAGAUGACAGGUACCUGUACAUGGUGAUGGAGUACAUGCCAGGUGGAGACCUCGUGAACCUUAUGAGUAAUUAUGAUGUGCCCGAAAAAUGGGCCAAGUUUUAUACUGCUGAAGUAGUGCUUGCACUGGAUGCAAUACACUCCAUGGGCUUAAUACACAGAGAUGUGAAGCCUGAUAACAUGCUCUUGGAUAAACAUGGACAUCUAAAACUAGCAGAUUUUGGCACAUGUAUGAAAAUGGAUGAAACAGGCAUGGUGCAUUGCGAUACAGCAGUGGGAACUCCUGAUUACAUAUCACCUGAGGUUCUGAAAUCCCAAGGUGGUGAUGGCUACUAUGGGCGAGAAUGUGAUUGGUGGUCUGUAGGUGUUUUCCUUUUUGAGAUGCUAGUGGGGGACACUCCAUUUUACGCAGAUUCACUUGUAGGAACCUAUAGCAAAAUUAUGGAUCAUAAAAAUUCACUGUGUUUCCCUGAAGAUACAGAAAUUUCUAAACAUGCUAAGAAUCUCAUCUGUGCCUUCUUAACAGACAGGGAGGUACGACUUGGAAGAAAUGGGGUAGAAGAAAUCAAACAGCAUCCUUUCUUUAAGAAUGACCAGUGGAAUUGGGAAAACAUAAGAGAGACCGCAGCUCCAGUGGUACCUGAGCUCAGCAGUGACAUAGACAGCAGUAACUUUGAUGACAUUGAGGACGACAAAGGAGAUGUAGAGACCUUCCCAAUACCAAAAGCUUUUGUGGGAAAUCAGCUGCCUUUUAUAGGAUUUACCUACUUUAGAGAGAAUCUGUUAUUAAGUGACUCUCCAUCUUGUAGAGAAAAUGAUGCAAUACAAACAAGGAAAAGUGAAGAAAGUCAAGAGAUUCAGAAGAAAUUAUAUGCACUAGAAGAGCACCUUAGCAGUGAAUUGCAAGCCAAGGAGGAGCUGGAACAGAAGUGCAAAUCUAUUAAUACUCGCCUAGAGAAAACAGCAAAGGAGCUGGAAGAGGAGAUUACCUUUAGGAAAAAUGUGGAAUCGGCACUGAGACAGCUGGAAAGAGAAAAGGCCCUUCUUCAGCACAAAAAUGCAGAGUAUCAGCGGAAAGCUGAUCAUGAAGCUGAUAAGAAACGGAAUUUGGAAAAUGAUGUUAACAGCUUAAAAGAUCAACUUGAAGACUUGAAGAAAAGAAACCAGAGCUCUCAGAUAUCCACUGAGAAGUUCAAUCAGCUCCAGAAGCAACUGGAUGAAGCAAAUGCUUUGCUGCGAACAGAGUCUGACACUGCAGCAAGGUUAAGAAAAACCCAAGCAGAAAGUUCCAAACAGAUUCAGCAGCUGGAAUCUAACAAUAGAGAUCUACAAGAUAAAAACUGCCUGCUUGAGACUGCCAAAUUAAAGCUUGAAAAGGAAUUUAUCAAUCUUCAGUCAGCUCUAGAAUCUGAAAGGAGGGACCGGACCCAUGGAUCAGAGAUAAUUCAUGAUUUACAAGGUAGAAUCUCUGGACUGGAAGAAGAUUUGAAGACUGGCAAAGCCUUGCUAACAAAAGUAGAGCUGGAGAAGAGACAGCUGCAGGAGAAGCUCACUGACCUAGAGAAGGAAAAGAGCAACAUGGAAAUAGAUAUGACAUACCAACUGAAGGUGAUACAGCAGAGUUUAGAGCAAGAAGAAGCGGAACACAAGACCACAAAAGCACGGCUAGCAGACAAAAACAAGAUCUAUGAAUCCAUUGAAGAAGCUAAAUCAGAAGCCAUGAAAGAGAUGGAGAAGAAGCUGUUGGAAGAAAGGUCUUUAAAACAGAAAGUGGAGAACCUGCUCCUGGAGGCUGAGAAAAGAUGCUCUAUAUUGGACUGUGACCUCAAACAGUCCCAGCAAAAACUAAACGAGUUGCUGAAGCAGAAAGAUGUGCUGAAUGAGGAUGUUAGAAAUUUGACAUUAAAAAUAGAGCAGGAAACUCAGAAACGUUGCCUUAUGCAAAAUGACCUGAAGAUGCAGACCCAGCAAGUUAACACCCUAAAAAUGUCAGAAAAGCAGAUAAAGCAAGAAAACAAUCAUCUCAUGGAAAUGAAAAUGAACUUGGAAAAGCAAAAUGCUGAACUUCGAAAAGAGCGGCAGGAUGCAGACGGGCAGAUGAAGGAGCUACAAGACCAGCUUGAAGCUGAGCAGUAUUUCUCUACCCUCUAUAAGACCCAAGUUAGAGAGCUUAAGGAAGAGAGUGAAGAGAAAACGAAGCUUUGUAAAGAGUUGCAGCAGAAGAAGCAGGACUUGCAAGACGAAAGAGACUCUUUGGCUGCCCAGUUGGAGAUUACCCUGACCAAAGCAGAUUCUGAGCAGCUGGCCCGGUCCAUUGCUGAAGAACAGUAUUCUGAUUUGGAAAAAGAGAAAAUUAUGAAAGAGCUGGAGAUAAAAGAGAUGAUGGCCAGGCACAAACAAGAACUUACUGAAAAGGAUGCCACAAUUGCAUCUCUCGAGGAAACAAAUAGAACACUAACUAGUGAUGUUGCGAAUCUUGCGAAUGAGAAAGAAGAACUAAACAACAAGCUGAAAGACACUCAAGAGCAGCUCUCAAAGUUGAAAGAUGAAGAGAUCAGUGCAGCAGCUAUUAAAGCUCAGUUUGAGAAGCAGCUGUUGACCGAGAGGACACUCAAGACUCAGGCUGUGAAUAAGUUGGCAGAGAUCAUGAAUCGAAAAGAACCUGUCAAGCGUGGUAGUGACACAGAUGUGCGAAGAAAAGAGAAAGAGAACAGAAAGUUACAUAUGGAGCUUAAGUCUGAACGUGAAAAAUUGACACAACAGAUGAUCAAAUACCAGAAAGAACUGAAUGAAAUGCAGGCUCAAAUAGCUGAAGAGAGCCAGAUUAGAAUUGAACUCCAGAUGACCCUGGACAGUAAAGACAGUGACAUCGAACAACUGCGGUCACAGCUCCAAGCCUUGCAUAUUGGUAUGGAUAGUUCCAGUAUAGGCAGUGGACCAGGGGAUGCUGAGCCUGAUGAUGGAUUUCCAGAGUCAAGAUUAGAAGGAUGGUUGUCAUUGCCUGUGCGAAACAACACUAAGAAGUUUGGAUGGGUUAAAAAGUAUGUGAUUGUAAGCAGUAAGAAGAUUCUCUUCUAUGACAGUGAACAAGAUAAAGAGCAGUCUAACCCUUACAUGGUUCUGGAUAUAGACAAGCUGUUUCAUGUCCGACCUGUUACACAGACAGAUGUAUACAGAGCAGAUGCUAAAGAAAUUCCCAGGAUAUUCCAGAUUCUAUAUGCCAAUGAAGGAGAAAGUAAGAAGGAACCAGAAUUUCCAGUAGAGCCAGUGGGAGAAAAAUCUAAUUAUAUUUGCCACAAAGGACAUGAGUUUAUCCCUACUCUUUAUCACUUCCCAACUAACUGUGAGGCCUGUAUGAAGCCAUUGUGGCACAUGUUUAAGCCCCCUCCUGCUCUGGAAUGUCGUCGGUGCCACAUUAAAUGUCAUAAAGAUCACAUGGACAAGAAGGAAGAGAUCAUAGCACCCUGCAAAGUUUAUUAUGAUAUAUCAACGGCAAAGAAUCUAUUAUUAUUAGCAAAUUCAACAGAAGAACAGCAGAAAUGGGUUAGCAGGUUGGUGAAAAAGAUACCGAAGAAGCCUCCAGCUCCAGACCCUUUUGCUCGAUCAUCUCCUAGGGCCUCAAUGAAAAUACAACAGAAUCAGUCCAUCCGGCGACCCAGUCGACAGCUUGCUCCAAACAAGCCAAGAUUGCUUGAUUUGCCAUUUAAAGACUGGGAUUGGUCAUUUGAUGAUGUUGAUGGUGAUGAUGAUGACGAUGUUUUUGAUUUCUGAAGAAAUAAAUGGCUAACUGCCUUCUAUGAAAGCAGUUAUUCAGGUGAUUGAAUUCUUCCAGCUGCAAGACUGAAAUACAGUAUCUCAAAACUUAACUAAAAAGCUGUAUUCUACUGAGAGACUGACACACCCACAUACACAUGUUUCCUUUCCCCUGAAAUAAUUUUAAAUCAUGGAGAGGUUUUCUGGGCUACUUUGGAACAAGUUGAACAACAGUGAUUGGUAAGUAAAGGUGUCGUGCAACUCUUCAAGACUUGCUUCCUGGAGCUCUUGACAGUCCCGUCACAUUGCACAGAAGGACUGAGAAGAGUUCAGAGAGAUCACACUUUGACUUCAACAGAGGGUUUUCAUCUGUACAUUGGCCAGAAGAAUUUGGAAGUGGAUCUCACUAUAGUGAUGCUGACUGCAUCUUUAAGAAGUGACCAUGAUGUUGUAUUCAUGUAUGUAUGUAUGUACAUAUGAGUUGAGCCUCAUAUAUAUACACACACAGCACACAUAAAAAACCACAUUGUACUGUAAUACUGCAAGAAAGUAUUUUUAACUUACCAUUUUAUUUUUUAUACACAUUAAUCAGAUAUCAUUACUUCAGUUGCAACUAUGCACCUGUAUAAAGCCAUAAUGUUGGAAUUUAUAUCCUUCAUUCAUAUACCUGAUAGGAGAUGCAUGUCUGUGUAAACAGUAAUUGCAACAGGAAGUUUGAAGUUAAUUAUUCCAGUUUCCCAAUGCUUGUUGUAGGCAACUUUCCAUAUUUUGAAUGCCUUAAUUUAAUCCCCCCCCAUCUCAACCCUUUUCUAUAUUUAAGAAAAGAAAGGACAAGUGUUUACCAGCUCUUAGGAUGCAGCUCGCUUCGUGGGGAAAACAGUGCACUCUUAUACAUGCAGUAGUUGUUCAGUGUCAGUCUGUUUGGUCUGUGACAGUUUUUAAUGUAUUUGGUCAUAGAAAUAAUAGCAGAUCUAUUGAAACUAAUGUGUGUGAUGUACAGCUGUUGUUUCUUCAUCCCUUUCUACAGACUUCAGCUCAUCUGUGACUACAAAAUAUUUCCUUUGAACUUGCUGGUUACCCUAGAUGUGUUUUUAUUUAUGAUAAAGGCAAUUUUUCACAUUUUCAUUCAAGAUUCAAAUAUAAAAAAAUACUUAACGUGUACUGUAGAUAUAUUUUAAUAUUUAAAUGUGAUCCUGAAACAGUUGGGUGGCGGUAUAUGUGUUGAUAUCUGGGAAGAGGUAGCCUCAAAAGCGCUUGCUUUAAUUCUCAUUGCUUGAUGCUAAUGAGGUUAGAGAACAGGCGGGACCUAUCCUGUAGUGCUGCAGAGCGCAGCAGUGGCAGCAUCAGGCUCUGUACAUACGCAAAGUUCAAUAUGGUAUUGAACAUUUGUCAUUGCUUCCCUCCGGGGUCAGUGUAGAGAUGUUGUAAAAAGUUUAAUUCUCUUUAUAGAUUCUAUUGUGGAAAUAGUGGCCUUUGGUCUACUGGUAUACUAAAUCCCAAUUCUGUGACCUUCAGAUGGCCCAAUUGCAUCUUUCAUUCCAUCUGUUAAGAUUAGAUGUGCAUGCCAUUUCCCUGGAAGCAGCUGGGUUCUGUAGCUCUAGUUCAGAACACAGCUUCCUCCUUCCUUCCUUCCUUCCUUCCUUCCUUCCUUCCUUCCUUCCUUCCUUCCGUCCUCCCUCCCUCCCUCCCUCCCUCCCUCCCUCCCUCCCUCCCUCCCUCCCAGAUUUAAAAAUGAAAAUAUAUAAAUUUAUAUAGAAGAACUAUUUCCAUUCAUUAGAGUUGUUUAAAAGGAAACUGAAUUAAUAUUUUAUAUAAAGAUUUUGUUACACUAUGGAAGGUUCUAUCCUAUUCUGAAUUGGAGAGUAUAUAUAUAUAUAUUUUUAAUAAACUUUAUUAAGGAGAAAUGUCAAGUUUACACAUGAAUAAUUGAAGUAUUUGAGUAAAAAAGGCAAAAGUUUAAAUUUGGAUGCUGUACGUGUAUAUAUGUAAUAGAAUUUGGAGAAUCAUGGUGUGAUUCAGCAACUGUGUGUGACACUUAAUGUGAAGGAUUCAGGGGAAUAAAACAUUCUGAGGGGUGGAAAAAAAAUCUCUCCACGGAGCUUCUUCACAUACGGUUUAACAUAGGUCAUUUGUCCAACUAACAGGAUUUCGAGUAAAAAACACACACAUACAAACAAACUGUGACCUUAGGGAAGUAUUUGCUUUUCCCGUUAUCAUUUGCAUGUACGUAGGUGCACAUGCCUGUCAUUUUUGUACCCAACCCAACAGUCAUUACAGCAGCGACCUAAUUUUGUGCCAGUUUCACUUUUUCUUGAGAUCCCCAAAUCUUCAAGGUAAAGAUUUCCAGAGCAAAUGUUACUUCCUUUAUUCAGUUUGUCCCAGAGCCUUACAUACCUCCAGUUGGGUCCUAAAAAAAAGGGGAUGCUGGGUUUCCUUAGUUGGAUACUUUUGCUUUGUAGAAAUAAAGACAGAAGUAAAAGAAGAACUAAGUUCCGGUCUUACUGAUGAACAAUGAAUUUUUAUGUGUUGCUUUUAGAAAAGCAAGAUUUUUUUUUUUAAGUGCGGUUGAAAAGUUUCAAAUGCCCCAGCUAGCUAAAGGACAGUGAGCUAGUAAUCCAAGGAAAGGCUGGUGUUUCUGGCUGGCCUUCGAGAGGCCGUAGGCCCAGCAGAGGCUUUGCACCAUCAUGUGUAGAUGUAGUGAGAAGUGCUUGAGGUUUGGUUUAUGCUGCUGCUGCUCAGGAUUCCCAGGGUGCCGUGGAGAAACUCAGACACUAACCAACCUCAUAGGGAUGCUCUGGGCGGCUGAACCCCACAUAGAACAAAGCUUCCGAGAUGGCUCUCAGGCCCUCUGACUGCUACUGACUCUCCUUGCCUGCCUGAAGGUGGCUUCAGCUCCCCUGGCUCGUGGAGGUGCCCCGCCAACUUAAAGCACUUUGACAGGCACUGUGUGACAGUGCUGAGUGUGCCCUGUGGCCUCGCCCUGCUCCCUUCCCUGUGGUGACUUUUGUUUGGAACUGUAAUAAGUUAUAAAUGGCAUGAUUUAAAGAGUCAUCCUGGAUCACCUGUCCCCCUGAACAUUAAAAAAAAAUCGUACCCUCUUGAUUUAUUUUUUAUUUUGUUGCAUCUUUGUAGUAAUGUAUUGUAUUUUUAUGCCUGCUUUUUGUUUAAGAAAAAUAAAUAAAAAGAACCUAAAAUAUA